AUGAAAAACAAUAAUAAUUAAUAAUUCAAGUAAGUCACUUUCUUAUUUCGUAAGUACAAAAUAGACUCUGAUAUCAAUUAAACCCUUUCCUCUUAAAGGUUUUCAUCUAUCAAUCCCUCAAUCAAACUGUUACCCAAAAUUCAACCCAUUCAAACACAUUCAUAGCCUAAUUCACCAGUGAAAGUUAAAUCACCCAACGUUAACUACCCCACUAUAACAGCCACAAAGAUGUAAAUUGCUAUAAUCGAAUAGAUGCACUAAACUAUUCGAUAGAAGCAUUUUGUUUAAUUAUCAAAUACUAAAAAUCAAAAGAAAUAAGAUAACUUUAGUUAGACUACACUUGAUGAAGAGAAGUUACUACAGUAUUUAAAUUGA